CAGUAUCUGCGAAGUCCUGAUCAGGCCAUUGUUGGAAGAGCAGUGAUAUCCAGUGGAUUCCAUAGUAAACAAGCCCCAUCCAACCUUUAUCAGACUCAGCCAUGUACUCCUUCAAGUACAUUUGCUAUCAGACGAUUCACUACAGACACCAAGGAUAUUCAUCAGGCCAUCCAUUAUGAUCAGUCCACUAUGUCUGCAACUGGCAGUGAGAACCGCACCUUUACACCCUUGUCACCAUCAGUAGCAGCAGAAGAUACUGUGAGCGAAGACGAUUUGCCAAAAUUGGUGGCUACCAAACGAAAAAAGGGCAAAUUGAAACCAAGACCCAGCAACCCCUUGAAAUUUCUACCCAAAGAAGACAUCACCAAGCAUCUAACAACAGAACAUCCAAGAGAGCCCAAAAAGAAGAACAAGAAAAAGAAGAAGAAAAAGUCCAACAAAGCUAAUACUCGACAACGAAGAAAAUCAAAGUCAAAGGAAAACACUGAUAUUGUGAUUGCUAUACCCACUUCGGAAUGGAUCCACGUGGGAGACAUUUCUCCCAUUUCCACCCUCGAAAGCAUGGUCGAAGGAAUCAAUGAAGCUUUGGAUGCGCACUUGGCCACACACGGCGGAAUUGUGCACGUCGACGACUCCACCCAACUGCUCGAUUUCCAAGACAUGUUUCCAAAUCAUCAUCAUCACGCGACAACCAAUGAUGACGACGAAGAAGAACAAAUAAUGGUACAGGAAGAUUUGUUUCGUUGGGUCCAACAGGCUCAUUUGAUAUUGUCGUCCUACGGACGUCCCGCUGGAUGGAAAGUCCAAUUGGCCAAUCGAUCCAUUGCCUAUGCCUUGUUGCAACAACAUGCCAAAACGUGUGUACAAUCUACCUGGAAACCAUUGACCAUUGCACCAUUAACAGAAAAUACCCCACAGCACAACACCAACAAUGCACAAUGUGUGCAAGCGCGAUUGGAAAAACCUUCCAACGACAACGGAUUCGGUCACAAUCACGUCUUUUACGACGACGAUUUGGGCCAGUCGUCCUUGGAUUGGAUUGACGAUUCGGUCGUACGCGUUGAAAAUUGCGGCGACGACCACUACGACGCAGCCAUGGACCUGUUUCAUCUCUUUGGAUCGUACGAACUCAAGGCUCCUUCCAUCUUGCAAUGGACGUUGCAGCACGAUGGACACGGACCUCGAUCGACCUACUUGGUACGAUUCGAAGAUCCCGAUUGGGCUCGGGCCGCCAUGCGAGACAAGCAGGGGCAUGUCAUGCCGAGAUCGAACAAUAGGGACAAAUCGCUACGGUUGAUCCAAUUUCCAAAGCAAAAACGAAGGAACAACAAUGUGAUCAAGGAAGAUGAACCAGAGGAAGUAGAUGGGGAUGAUGAAGAAGAUAACCACAGUUCGAGAAUGGCAGUGGUGGAGUGA